CCAUCAACAGCAGCAGCACUCGUCCAGUACAUUCGCCCUCCAGCCUGUGUCACAUGACGUCAGACCAGAAUCCACUGUAUCCAGCAGACCUUCAGGUGCAGCUAUCGCUGGUUCCUGGUUACUACUGUAUUUACCAGGCCUGAGAAGAUGGGCUGCUGCUUUAGUAAGGCGCCCAACCCCGGCCUACAGAGUGAGAGGCACAGUCUGUUACAGCCCGCGCACCCCGAUGGGCUGAACGAGGUGACGGAGCAGGUCAGGCAGAGCGCUGCAGCUGUAGCUCAACACGUGUGCCUGGAGGAAGAGAGGAAACGGGUGGCGAACGGACCCACCGGCACGAAGGCUGAGGAAGAUGAGGACGAUCAUCCUGACGUGGACAACGAUGGCUGGACAGAGGUCAUCAGGUCCAGCGGUGACAGCAACCGCCAGACGGAGCCGGAUCUUAAACCAGCAACCGCUCACGAGGAGAAGGAGGCUGUCAUCAUCACAGACACACCUACGGACACAACGGCGGGCUUGACGCUGGAUAUCAGGUCUAAGUCUGAGCCGGCGCCUUAUAGGGAGCCGUCCUCCAUGAGUCCAGUCAAGCAGAGGAUUCUGGACAAUGCGACACUCAGAGCAUCAUGGUUCAGGCAGCUGCCGGAGCAGCAGACGCCAAACGAGCCCAAGAGCAGCUGCUCGGCUCCGGCCAGGUUAGCGCUCAGCGCCGGUCUGCUCAACGGCUCGGUGGGUGAGACGGGCCAGCCUCAGGUGGUCAACACGUGUCAGAGAUCCCCCACACCGGAGCUCCAGGAGGAGGCUGGCGAGGAACCGCUUUAUCUGAACUGGGAAACAAAGACCCGGGGCUUCUACAGCCUUUGCUCUAUCGACUCCGAAGACCUUGAACAUGACCAUGAACACGGCCCGUCCCAAACAGCUGGAGCAGCACCCUCACGGGGCACAGCUGACGAGGACGCAGCUGCUCCAACUCACACGGCGGAACCCCCCGCCGCCGGCCAAUCACAGGCACUCACAGUUCGGGACCAUAAAUAUAUCACAGAAUCUGAAUUGAGCAGUAAGUCACGUGACGAGGAAGCAGUUCCUGCUGCCGAACAACGUUCCACUCGCUUCUCACAGCCUGAAGAUUUGCUCCCAGCUGAGCAGGUUGCUUUGCCUCAACUGGGUUCUCCGUCUGACACAGCGCCCCCCGCCAGCUGCCACACUGACAGCCAGAGCCCCCUGGCCUCCCCAGCAGAAGCACUGGACCGUCAGGCUGUUUCAGAGGACACAGAUGCACUUUCAUACGCCGCUUUGAACCUCCUGAUGCCACAUGCAGAUGAAAGUGCUCAGGAUGGCGGAGCGGCCGGGUCAGAGGAGUGUGUGCAAGCACAUGGUGAAUGUAAAAGUGGGUCAUCAGAGGAGGGAGUUGUAUACUUGGAGGACCGCAGGGCUGUUGACAGACCCUUUAGGGUCACGGAAGAAAAAGUGACCAACUUUCAGGACAUGGACUCUAACUUUGGUUUUUACAGCAGCUGCCAGACGCUGGAACCACAUCCAGCCAGCCAAACCUCUGACACAUCUUCAUCUCUGGUCCCUGAUGUAGUCCACCAGCAGGAGGAGGAUGUGCUCCACCAGCAGGAGGAGGAUGUGCUCCACCAGCAGGAGGAGGAUGUGCUCCACCAGCAGGAGGAGGAUGUGCUCCAGUGGGGGCCAGAUGACCCCUACCUGCAGGGCGGGUAUGUCCUGGUGAGGACCUGCGGAGGCUACUACGGGGAGGGCGACGCCGGUCACGGCAUAGGAGAUACCAGUCUAAUUGAGGUGUCGUCACCGUCCACCGUCUCCUCCUUCUUAUCGCCCCCGCCCAGAGUGAACAGCCUGCCUGGACUCGUACAGCCGGGUCCUGCCUCAGACUUCACGGAGACCCCAUCUCCUCAGAGUGGAUCAGUCAGAUGUGAUGGGACUGCAGAAGAGUCAAGUUUUACAUUAGAAAGCAGCGAACCUGAAGCACGGUUCAGUACACAUCAGGUCAGCGCUGCCAGGUUAGUUUGCAGUGAUGAGCUGCUGGAUAGCUCUGGGUUGGAAACGGAUUCAGAGGACGAGAAUCAGGCAACCGAAACUCCAACACCAGAGAUUCCUCAGAAACACAUACCUGCUGAGAGACGUCCCGCUCCGGCUGCUUCCCCUGAACCAGGCCGGAACAAGUCUCUCCUUGAAAUGAGUAAUGAAAGAUGUGACAUCGUGCUUGAACGCUGUGACGACGGUGGGGGCGUGAGCGUCACUCCUCAGGGUGCCGAGGCGUCCCAAAGCAUCAUGGAGCAUUCAAACCACACUCUUCUCUCACAGCUUCUUCCCGUUGAGAGUGAGCCUCGUUUCACUGCUUCCUCCGAACCCCCGAAACUACUUCCCUCCUCUGUUUCCUCAGACUCGCUGAGCCCUCAACUCGAAGCCGACAGGCAGCUUGAAGCUCUUGACAGUUUAUCUCAGAUGGAACCAUCCGAGUCCCCUGUUUCAGAUGUAGAUACUCAAAAUAACUUACCUCCUGAAACUGUUUUCCAAAGUACUGAGAGCCGUGCAGACUCCAGCGGGAUCCUUCAUGAUUGUAGUGUUGAGGAUAAAACAAUCUUCCGCUGCCGAGACGGCCAGCCCACGACCCCCGUGGACCCGGAUCAGAUCGACGUUUACGCCUCGACUCCAUCUUACGUGAUUCACUUCUCCAGUCCUGACCUCGCGGCUGAUGUCGAGGAGGGAGAGAAGGAAGGAGGGAUGAGGGAGAUGGUGUCCGAGCUGCUGGGGGAUGAGGUGGACUCCUCCGGGUGCUGUGUCUACCCCGACCCCUGGAUCCAGCUGGGUCUGGGGGAGAACUGCGAGGGCUGGGCCCGUGGGGGGUUCAGGGCUGACGCCCUGCUGGGCGAGGAGGACAAGGCCAGUGCGGAGCAGAUCCCUGCCCUGGUGUCGGAGCUGCAGCCCUCCAUGGCCCUGCUGGGGGCGUAUCCCUACAGCACCGUGAUGCCUCAGGGAUCCUGCGUGUGGGACUGGCACAACUGUCCUCCAGCUGACCCUGAAGCUGCCCCCAUCCUCAACCCCAACGCUGAGGUAUGGGAUGAACAAAACUUUCAAAGUUUUCAAAGCAUCCCUGAUGCUGCCUACCAGGAGCCCCAGGCCUGGCUGCAGGUCUCCGGCAGUCCCACCAGUCCAGAGGGGUAUGUGGAGUUUCAAGGGAACGUGGGCCUGGUUGAAGCAGAUCCCAGCAUCUUAGAGUACCACUCACUACCUGCUGACGCUCCUGCAGCCAACGGGCAGCCUGCUGAGCCACCUGUCACAGAUGAGAUCAAAAAAGAGCUGAACAGAGUCUUGGAGUCCUGUCUGACCAGGGAGCACCUGGGCAGCGACCUGUACCUGCGGUCUCAGAUGGACAGCGACCAGUAUGUCUCCAUCUCAACGCUGGCCAGCCUCGACAAGAUCAAGACUCUCACAACAGACCUGGACCUCAUCACGGAGAUUCUGAGAUCCAUGCCGCUGGUCCAGGUGGCCCCGUGUGGACAGAAGGCCAGGCCCAGACAGAGCCGAUGUGUGGUAAUCCUGCGUGAGAUUCCUGACACCACGCAGCGCGAGGAGGUGGAGGCUCUCUUUGAGGGAGAAAACCUGCCCAGGUUCGUGAGCUGCGAGUCUGUGAACAACGACAACUGGUUCAUCACCUUCCAGUCAGAGGCUGACGCCCAACAGGCGUACGAGUACCUCCGGGAGGAGGUCCGGGUCUUCAAGGGAAAGCCCAUCAUGGCGAGGAUAAAGGCCAAGAUGAUGGCCGUCACUUCCUACUCUCCAAAGAACGGCUACAGACCCAUCCAGCUGGACCAGUGCAGCAACCAAUACGGCUCCUACUACCCCACCACCACCUUCGAGCAGGCCUGCCCCACACACCUGCCCGCUCAGCACCUGUACGCCUUCAACACUGACACCUGGACUUCAGCUGCAGCAGGUUACCCAGAAUGCCCCAAGCCUCACCUGUUGAUGGAUGACUUCAUGAAUGAAUUUGCAGCAGCCUCCACCUACAAACCUCACCACCCACACCGGCAGAGGAGAGGCUCAGCGGUGCCCAACACCAACUUCUCCCAGUCGUCGGAGCAGCCGGAGGUGGAGCGCUCCUCAUCCUUCACAAAACCGGGACGGAGCUGGUCCCGGGGCGGCUCGCGCCGCAGCAGGGGAGGGCGGUCCGAGCCCAUCAGGAAACCCCAGUCGUCCACUUCUGAGUUUGGAAGGAGAGGAAACUUCCCCCAGCGGAGGAGAGGACAAGCCAAGACCUGGGAAAGACCUGGUCGCAGCAGUCAGAAUCCCCCGGCUCAGUCUCCUCCCCAUCGCCUGUCCCCUCCUCUGGAGUUCGGCCUGAUGAGCUUCCCUCCACUUUCUACAGCAAACGUUGCCGUGGAAACACUGACGGAAGCUAAUGGGAACAUGAAGGGUCCAGUUCCGAGCAGCAGCUCCGACAAAUCCCUGCCGGCUCCCUCGGAGACGCCUCAGCCUGCCAAUCAGAUGCCUGUGAAGGAGAGAUCGGAGACGACCUCCGACAGCGAGCCAGUUCAGACCUCAAGCACAGAAUCCAACAGACCCAGUUAUGCUCAGAUCUGCCAGAGAGCAUCAAGCAGCGAGGCAGCAGCGCCCACUGAGCUCGGCCCUGCAGCCGCCAGCCCGCUGGCCGAACCAGAGAAGAUGGAGAGCAGAUAAGAUGGAGAAAAAAAACAUGGACUGUGUUGUUAUCGUGUCAACAGGCUGCACAUUUACUUUGAAGAAUUACCACUGAGUAACAACACUGUUGGGAGACUGUGAAGAAACUAUGAAGCUCCAGACAGCCUUUAAAUCAGCUCUUUUCAAAUCUGGGUAGGAGACAGCGAGGAUAAGCGUACAGCGGGUUGGCGGGACGGGAAGCACUCAGGGGGGAAAAGCCAACGUUUCAGCUUGUAGACAGGAAGCUAAAAAGAAACUGUACAUGUUGUUGUGGAGCUUGACUCUAGUUGUUUGUCUUGAUUUAUAAUUCAGCUUUGGUUUUGAUUUAGUUUUGUUGACGCUAAUGGCUCCUAUUCCUUUGUUCCUUCGGUACAAGAUGUUGUGUUGUAAUUCUUGUUUUGAUGGUUCCUCUCCAACAUCUGAGUUAUUGUUUAGUGUCCAACGCCGUUCCGGACAUGUUCUUCCUUUUCUACGGAUGUUACUGUUAGUAAGUCAGGUUGUUUUCACUUUCAGAUCCUGAGGUUUGAAGUAAAUUAGAUUAAAAGGAGAAAGAAAAAGUACUGUACUGUAAUAAUUUGAUCUUGUUAGUACAGUGAUCAAAUUGAACUCAAAAGUAUGUUUCCUUGGAAAGCACUGAUAUUAGUUCUUUAUCUUUGCUUGCUUUUUACUUAUUUUGCUUUCAGUUUUCAUUUGUUGAUUUUAAGUCUAAGGGGGGGUGGGAUUUGUGUUUUAAAGCUUUUAUCUGGUGUUGAGAGAAAGCUCUGGUGGAUGCAGCUCAGCGUCAGGGAGUCCAGCGAGGCGCGGUAAGGCGUCCUGCUGGCUGCAUGUCGCUGAGUGUCAGCGGACGAGCGCUGCUUCAACACAAAGAACUUGAAAUGUGUUUUAAUAGUUUCAUUUGAGUCUACAGAGACGAAUGUUUAUUUGUUUGAAAUGGAAGGUUUUAAAUGUGAAGCUGUGUGGAAAGAGGAGGCACAGUUGUGGCAUAUUUCAUUUGUACAGUUGUACAUAAUAUUGAACAAAUAUUAAAGAAGUGCCUUUAAAGUUUAAA